AUGAAGGCUGCAAACAACGAAAAGAUUUUUGUGGAGAAGGCAUUUGUGCAACGAAUGCAAAGUGCGUCAAUCGUUGGAAUGGUGCCAACUGUCGGUGCCCCCACUCUAGCCAUCACAAGGGCCCAUGCGAUGGAGGUUUAAGUGAUUUCCCCUCAUAGCCGACCUCUCACCCUCACUGACGACGAGUCCUUCGUUAUCUAUCGUCCUCCUGAAAUCUCUGUACCAUUCACAUUUACCUUCGAAUUCCGUACCUCACGAAGUGACACCCAAAUCAUUGUAGUCGAGUUCGAGCAGCGAACCACUUUUUACAGAAUCGAGUUGGAUGACGGACUUCUUCGUGUGUUCCUUGGGCAUUCCUCAAUACUGGUUGACGCUCCAGAGACAAAUCCAGGACAC